GCACCACGCGCCGCGCACCCGGCACGGCGCUCCUAGCACUAAGCACCGAGCACAGAGCACCCGCACCAAACUUUCCCUGGAGCCGGCGCGGAAUAAGACACAAGCCACAGCGUUGCCACAGCAUCCAGAGAAACUGAAAGUCCUGUGACGAAUUGCGGCUGUGUAGCCUGUCAGAUGCAGCAUUUUCCAAACGUGGUUGUUUCCAGAAGUCAACAACACAAAGGACAGUGACUGUGACCGCAUGCGUUCCAGGGAGGGGCAGGACUCAGUUUCCAGCUCAGCACUGCCCACUCUGUAGUUCACUGGCAGCCACUGCAACCCAGCCCAGGCACCCUGAGGAACACAGGAAAGACUGCAGUCCGCCCUGUGCCUCCCGAUGUCCCUGCCUUGUAGAUAGGCAUGCACCACCACACCAGCUCAGAAAUGUUUAACUUUGAGGGACUCCGCUGAUCAGCUCUUCCUUCCCUGGAUCAAGUCUUUGAUGUACUACCUGGAAAGUCAUCAUGAAACCAAGCUUCUCAAACCAGGGAGACAAUAUGAUGCUUGCACAGGAGUCUGAUUUAUUUCAGUUUGAAAAAGAGACUGAGAGUGAAGGGGAGGAUAUGAAAGCUACUUGAAGGUCAUAGAAGAUAGAUGUCACUUGGACACCCAGCACUUGCGGAGGCUGAGUGGGGAGGAUUGCUGUCAGUUCCAAGGAAGCCCAAGCUACAUAGAAUGACCCCAGUGACCCUGUCCAAUUUCUCCUGGGCCCUGGAAGACAGGAUGUUGGAGGGCAACAGUACGACCACCCCCACCCGCCAGCUGAUGCCGCUGGUGGUGGUGCUAAGCAGCGUGUCGCUGGUCACCGUGGCGCUCAACCUGCUGGUACUGUACGCUGUGCGCAGCGAGCGGAAGCUGCACACAGUGGGCAACCUAUACAUUGUCAGCCUCUCGGUGGCCGACCUGAUCGUGGGUGCCGUGGUCAUGCCCAUGAGCAUCCUCUACCUCCACAGGUCUGCGUGGAUCCUGGGCCGCCCGCUCUGCCUCUUCUGGCUCUCUAUGGAUUAUGUGGCCAGCACAGCGUCCAUCUUCAGUGUCUUCAUCUUGUGCAUUGACCGCUACCGUUCUGUCCAGCAGCCUCUCAGGUACUUGAGGUAUCGGACCAAGACGCGUGCAUCUGCCACUAUCUUGGGAGCCUGGCUUCUCUCCUUCCUGUGGGUGAUUCCCAUCCUGGGCUGGCACCACUUCAUGGCCCCGACGUCAGAGCCCCGGGAGAAAAAGUGUGAGACAGACUUCUACGAUGUCACCUGGUUCAAGGUCAUGACUGCCAUCAUCAACUUCUACCUGCCCACCCUGCUCAUGCUGUGGUUCUACAUCCGGAUCUACAAGGCCGUACGGCGACACUGUCAGCACCGCCAGCUCAUCAACAGCUCCCUCCCUUCCUUCUCAGAGAUGAAGCUGAAGUUGGAGAAUGCCAAGGUGGACACCAGGAGGAUGGGGAAGGAGUCACCGUGGGAGGAUCCAAAAAGAUGCUCAAAAGAUGCCAGUGGGGUGCACACCCCAAUGCCAUCAUCCCAACACCUCGUGGACAUGCCAUGUGCAGCUGUCCUCAGUGAAGACGAGGGGGGAGAGGUGGGCACUCGGCAGAUGCCCAUGCUGGCAGUGGGAGAUGGCAGGUGCUGUGAAGCCCUGAACCACAUGCACAGCCAGCUUGAGCUGAGUGGACAGAGCCGGGCCACACACAGUAUCAGUGCUAGGCCGGAGGAGUGGACAGUGGUAGAUGGCCAGUCCUUCCCGAUCACAGAUUCCGAUACCAGCACUGAGGCGGCGCCCAUGGGUGGCCAGCCACGCAGCGGGUCCAACUCCGGCCUGGACUACAUCAAGUUCACGUGGAGGAGGCUGCGUUCACACUCGCGACAGUACACGUCAGGGCUGCAUCUGAACCGGGAGCGGAAGGCAGCUAAGCAGCUAGGGUGCAUCAUGGCAGCCUUCAUUCUCUGCUGGAUCCCCUACUUUGUGUUCUUCAUGGUCAUUGCCUUCUGCAAGAGCUGCUCUAACGAGCCUGUGCACAUGUUCACCAUCUGGCUGGGCUACCUCAACUCCACGCUGAACCCACUCAUCUACCCACUGUGCAAUGAGAAUUUCAGGAAGACCUUCAAGAGGAUCCUGCGUAUCCCCCCUUGAGGGUGCACCUGAGGGAGGCAGCCAGGGGUGGUGGCUUUGUGAUGGCCCUGGGGGUGGAGGGAGGGAGCCUUGUCUCACAGGUACCUGGGCCUCUCAGUGUGAGGCCCGGCUUGGUUAGGGCUGAGCAGGGCAGAAAAGGUCUCAGCGGGUGGCGCUUGAAGAAGAGCAAGUGGCAGGGAGCAGCAAAAAGACCCUGCUGGGAGCAGUGGGCAGGGGCCCUGCAAGAGCGCAGUGGACGCCUGUCUUCAGAGCCCACGGCUGGGCUGCCUCGAGCUCCUGCCUUAGGCUUUCUUACACACACGUGGCUCAGAGUUGGCAGGAACUUCUGCAGCAUGCAUACCCAUGUUUUCCACCCCAGCUUCCCUUGGGUUCUUCAGUAUUUGGGGACAAAAGCCGCCUUCCAAAGAAAAAAUACAGGAAGCGAUUUGAAGGGCUGCAUGUUCAAAGCAAAGGCUGGGACUGUGGGGAGAAUGGCCGAUGUCCCAGGGCCGGACCAUGCAGGGACCAUUGGUGUUCCCCGACACCGCGACACCAUGAGAGGAGGCAGCGUGUGAUUUCCAGCUUUUGGAGGAGCAGACCAAGGUCCAGCCAGCCAGGAGUGAAGGUCUUGAAGCUAGGUGUGUGAGAAAGUCAGAGCAGAAACUUGGCAUGGGGGUUGGGAUGGGCUUCCAGUUUGUCCUAACCCUUUCUCCAAAAGGCAGAAAUGUGUCAUAUUACACACCCACCCCUACGCACAAGAUUCCCAAGAGCAGCGACAGUUCCCAAAAUGACAUGCAGGGAGGAAGAGCAGCUGCGGUGGAGCUCAUCUGCAGCCACAGACAAGACCCUUUGAAGGGACACUGUUGCCCGCAAGUCAAGAGGUCUUCAUGCUCUCUUAGAGUCUCCCCGUGGAGCUGAAGCAGCUGAGCUGUAGGACAUGCGGUGUACGUGAUGCUUACAUCACCACUGGUUGUGAUUUAUAUUUUAAAACUGUGUGUGUAGCAAGUGGAAGUGCCCAUCUACACAGGUCUCCUGUGUCUUGUGUUCCUGUGUACGUGACCUGUUCAAUUUUUACCUCCCUAAAGUAUGCUCUUCAAAAGGAUACUGUUCUGUGAUUUGUUUAUUUUCUUCCUUUUGGAGUUCCUUGGGCAGAAAAAUGUACUGUAAAGUGCUAAAGAGCAUGACAGAACUCUAGUGGGGUUCUGUUUGCUUCCUGGUCAUGUCUGUAAGUGCCUUUCCUAAAGGACUGUAGAACAUUCACUCUCCUGCUUUGGUUCCCGGAAAGUUCUUCAUGCUCCAAAUUGCAGAGCUGUGGAGACUUUAUUCGUGGUGUCAGAAGCUGCCAUUGCCAAGUGAGAUUGGGGCUUCAGAACCAGAGAAACCUCGAGUGACUGCGGCUUGCCCAUAGGUCCAUGUGUCCAGUGUGGGGACCCCACCCCCAGCAACAGGGAAAGAAAUAAGGGGGUGAGCCUUGUUAGGGGGUGGGAGCGCUGGAUUUGGGUCUGACAAGAACAAUAAACAGAUACUUUGAGAAUCUAA